GCGCUCGGGGCCGCGCUCGGGGCCGCGCCAGGCCACGGCCAGCGCGCUGAGCCCCGGCGUCCGAGCGGAGCCCCGGCGGCCUGGCGGCCCGAGCCGGGCGGCGUGCGAGCGGAGCGGAGCGGAGCGGAGCGGCCCGGGGCGAGUCACACAGAGAGAGAGAGAGAGAAACAGGCGGAGGGAGAAGCAGGCUCCAUGCACCGGGAGCCCGACGUGGGACUCGAUCCCGGGUCUCCAGGAUCACGCCCCGGGCCAAAGGCAGGUGCCAAACCGCUGCGCCACCCAGGGAUCCCCGCGUCCAGGCUUUUGAACGUGCGGGAGUGAAGCCUCUCCCGCUGGGCACGGCAGGCUGACGAAGGGACCGAGGGACACCCGUGCGCUCGGGGUCGCCCGGCCCCGCCUGCGCCCAGGGAAGCUCUGCCCGGGUCCCAGCACACGCAGACACCAGCCUAAUCUAAGACAGAAACCGUCUCCGCCAGUCAAGGAACCCCCAGGAGUACUUUGCCAUGGACACAGAAGAUGAAGAAAACAUGAGUUCGAGCAGCACAGAUGUUAAGGAAAGCUGCGGUCUGGACAGCGUGCCCCCCAAGGACGGCAGCGCCCCCGGGCCCGGCGAGGGUGCCCCGCUCUCCAACGGGGGCAGCGGUGGCGCCAGCCGGAAGCGGCCCCUGGAAGAGGGCAGCAACGGGCACGCCAAGUUCCGCCUGAAGAAGAGGAGGCGGCCGCCGGGCCCCGCGCUGCCGAAGAACGCCCUGAUGCAGCUGAACGAGAUCAAGCCCGGCCUGCAGUACGCGCUGCUGUCGCAGACGGGGCCGGUGCACGCGCCUCUGUUCGUCAUGUCCGUGGAGGUGAACGGGCAGGUGUUCGAGGGCUCCGGGCCCACCAAGAAGAAGGCCAAGCUGCACGCCGCCGAGAAGGCGCUGCGCUCCUUUGUGCAGUUCCCCAACGCCUCCGAGGCCCACCUGGCCAUGGGGAGGACCCUGUCCGCCAACACGGACUUCACGUCCGACCAGGCCGACUUCCCCGACACGCUCUUCAACGGCUUCGAGACCCCGGACAGGUCGGAGGUGCCCUUCUACCUGGGCUCCAACGGGGACGACUCGUUCAGCUCCAGCGGGGACCUCAGCCUGGCGGCGUCCCCGGCGCCCGCGGGCCUGGCGCAGCCCCCGCUCCCCGGGCCCCCGCCGUUCCCGCCCCCAAGCGGGAAGAACCCGGUGAUGAUCCUGAACGAGCUGCGGCCCGGGCUCAAGUACGACUUCCUGUCGGAGAGCGGGGAGAGCCACGCCAAGAGCUUCGUCAUGUCCGUGGUGGUGGACGGCCAGUUCUUCGAGGGCUCGGGCAGGAACAAAAAGCUCGCCAAGGCCCGGGCCGCGCAGUCCGCCCUGGCGACCAUUUUUAACCUGCACCUGGACCAGACGCCGUCCCGCCAGCCCAUCCCCAGCGAGGGCCUGCAGUUGCACCUGCCGCAGGUGUUAGCCGACGCCGUGGCCCGCCUGGUGCUGGAUAAGUUUGGCGACCUGACCGACAACUUCUCCUCUCCUCACGCACGCAGGAAAGUGCUCGCCGGCAUCGUCAUGACAACAGGCACAGAUGUAAAAGACGCCAAGGUGAUAAGUAUUUCCACGGGGACAAAGUGCAUCAAUGGCGAGUACAUGAGUGACCGUGGCCUUGCGUUAAAUGACUGCCAUGCAGAAAUUAUAGCUCGGAGAUCCUUGCUUAGAUUUCUUUAUACACAACUUGAGCUUUACCUAAACAACAAAGACGAUCAAAAGAGAUCCAUCUUUCAGAAGUCCGAGCGCGGAGGGUUCAAGCUGAAGGAGACUGUUCAGUUCCACCUGUACAUCAGCACGUCCCCCUGCGGGGACGCCAGGAUCUUCUCACCGCACGAGCCGAUUCUGGAAGAGAGAGAAGCAGCAUGUGCACACGGCCGUGAGCCAGACUCUAAGCGUAUAGGGGGCUGCUGCGCUUGCUCUGCUGUGAGGACGGGUCAGGCUUGCUGCCCGCGGGGAUUCUCACCCGGCCUCCCUCUCCUAGAACCGGCGGACAGACAUCCAAACCGCAAAGCCAGAGGACAGCUGCGGACGAAAAUAGAGUCUGGCGAAGGCACAAUUCCCGUGCGGUCCAACGCAAGCCUCCAGACGUGGGACGGGGUGCUGCAGGGUGAGAGGCUGCUCACCAUGUCCUGCAGCGACAAGAUGGCACGGUGGAACGUGGUGGGCGUGCAGGGGUCCCUGCUCAGCAUCUUCGUGGAGCCCAUCUACUUCUCGAGCAUCAUCCUGGGCAGCCUGUACCACGGGGACCACCUCUCCAGGGCCAUGUACCAGCGGAUCUCAAACAUCGAAGACCUGCCCCCCCUCUACACCCUCAACAAGCCUCUGCUCAGCGGCAUCAGCAACGCGGAAGCGCGGCAGCCCGGGAAGGCACCCAACUUCAGCGUGAACUGGACGGUGGGCGACGCGGCCAUUGAGGUCAUCAAUGCCACGACAGGGAAGGACGAGCUGGGCCGUGCGUCCCGCCUGUGUAAGCACGCCUUGUACUGUCGCUGGAUGCGUGUGCACGGCAAGGUUCCCUCCAACCUACUGCGCUCCAAGAUCACUAAACCCAACAUGUACCACGAAUCCAAACUGGUGGCCAAGGAGUACCAGGCCGCCAAGGCGUGUCUGUUCAAAGCGUUCAUCAAGGCAGGGCUGGGCGCCUGGGUGGAGAAGCCCACCGAGCAGGAUCAGUUCUCUCUCACCCCCUGACCGGGGGCGUGGGGCGGAGGCUGCCCGGUCCAGCGCGGUCUCCGCAGCCCCACGUCUGAACCGGGGCAGGCGUGGGGACGUGGGGUUCUGGGCGUCCAGAGCGGUGUCUGCAGCCUCACCUCUGACCUGGGGGCAGGGCGUGCA